GACGGUAUUAUUUCAACGUCUUUAGAUCCAAAGACAUCUAUUACUUCUACAAUUUUACUACCAUAUGAAUUUAAACUUUUAUUUAGGAGCAGUAGGGAUGGGUUUAAUGGUGAAACAUUUCAUAGGCUAUGUGAUAAUAUACCUGGUACUGUGACUGUAAUAAAGAUUAAUAAUAUACCUGGUACUGUGACUGUAAUAAAGAUUAAUAAUACAAACGAAAUACUUGGUGGUGGUUAUAAUCCUUUGAUUUGGAAAGUCGGCAUUUGGACGUACAGUAAAACAGCUGAUAGCUUUAUUUUCUCCUUAAAAAAUGGAAACCUUAAUCAAUCUAUUCUUAGUCAUGUAAGUAAUCAAUCAAAAGCAAUUCGUUACGGUAAAAUAUCACAAGGUACAUUGUUUGGUGGUAAAGAUCUUGUAAAUUUAAAGAAUGUUAUUUUUUUAAGACUUCAUAUGAUAAACCAAUCAGAUAUGUAG